GAGCGAAGUUGCAGCAAAGGAAGGGCAGUGUGAAGAAAACUAUAUAAGAAAGCUUCACUGUGCAAUCCUGCUGAGGUUCUCUUCUUUCCUCUUCUUGCUUCUCCCUAUUUCUCUUUCAGAUCACUAUACAGGAGCUUCUAUAUCUCAUCUUUGUAGUUUCUCCUAAUCUUCUAUAGUUUCUUCCUCCUCCUACCACCACCAUGGGAGGCACCAUGGACUACCUCUCCAGCUUGCUUGGCAGUGGCCACAAGUACAGGAAGAGGAAGCAGUUUCAGACUGUUGAACUGAAGGUGAGGAUGGACUGUGACGGCUGUGAGCUGAAAGUUAGAAAUGCACUGUCUUCCAUGAAAGGAGUUCAAUCAGUGGACAUCAACAGAAAGCAGUACAAGGUGACUGUAACGGGGUAUGUUGAGCCACACAAGGUACUCAAGAAAGUUCAAUCCACAGGGAAGAAGGCUGAGAUCUGGCCUUACGUUCCUUACAACCUGGUUGCCCACCCGUAUGCUGCCCAAACCUAUGACAAGAAGGCACCCCCUGGGUAUGUCAGGAACGUGGAGGUCAUCAAAGUCUCCAGCCAAGCUGUGAGGCCAGAGGACCAGUUCACAACCUUGUUCAGUGAUGACAACCCAAAUGCCUGCUCUAUCAUGUGAACAUAUCAAAGAGACCACUGUUCUUUCUUUUCUACCAUUGUUCUAUGUCUGCAAAGUUGCUUCUGUGCUUUGUUGCGGAACAGCUGCAUGUUGUAAUUUCUUGUCCUUUGUCUUUGAGUGCAGAGUUUGCAGUUUCCUUUCUUCCA